CAGCAACAUAUAAUCAUUCACUCCUUUCUAUUAGAGCAAUGAUCGCAUCUCGUCUCUGUCGUCUUUCUCAUUCAGCAACUCGAACAAUACUUUGCCAUCGUCAACCCAUUACCAUCAGUAACAGAACAACAACACGCAAAAUGUCCUCCUACAUCGACGCCGCCAAAACAACCCUCUCCGAAAACCUCGGCGGCCUAGCCCAAAAAGUCGCCCCAUCUCACACAACCUUCACCCUCUCCGAUGUCCCCGACCAAACCGGUAAAAUCGCCAUCAUCACAGGCGCCAGCGAAGGAAUCGGCUACGGUGUAACCCACACCUUACUUUCCCAAAACAUCAGUAAAGUUUUCAUGCUUUCUCUAUCAGAAGACGUAGCGAAUAAAGCUCAAGAAGCAGUAAAAGAAGAAUUAGGUGAGGAUAAAGCGAAGCGAACGGUUUGGAUUGAAGCGGAUUUGGGGGAUUGGAAAAGUUUGAAAAGUGUGGCGGAGAGGAUUGGGAAGGAGACGGAUAGGGUUGAUGUUUUGGUGGGGAAUGCUGGGAGGGGGAUUAUGACUGCGCAGUUGACGGAGGAUGGGGUUGAUAGGCAUAUGGCUGUGAAUCAUUUUGGACAUGUUCUCCUCACCUCUUAUCUCUUACCGUUACUCAAAUCCACCGCAGAGAAAGGCGACACUGUCCGAAUCAGCUUGCAAGCAUCCAAUGCACACCAAAACGCCCCCAAAGACACGGACUUCGCAAGCUUGGAAUCCAUCAAUCAAGACGUCGGUCCUGUUGGCCAAUACGGAAGGGCGAAGCUCGCCAACAUCUUAUACGCGAAAUACCUAGCUCGACAUCUCAGUAAGGAUUACCCCAAGAUCCUCUCCAAUGCCACGCAUCCCGGAGUGGUCUCGACGGCAAUGAGUAAGCGAGAUAUCCACGAGCCAUACCCAUUGGCUGGGUACGGCAUGUCUGUGGCAAUGGAAGCCUUCAAGAAGGAUCAAUUCGAAGGAGCGCUCUCGACACUCUAUGCAGCCACAGUCGUUGAUUCCAGCGGGAACUACAUCUGCCCUCCGGCAGCAAUCGAGGAUGGAUCAGAUCUUGCGCGUAACGAAGAGCUUUCGGAACAACUCAUGAAAUUGACGCGGGAUGUCCUCAAGGAGAAGCUGGGCAACGAUGUUCCGUUCUACUAG